CCCAGUCCCGUCUUCAUCUCUGCACUCUCUCCUCAGCAAGAUGGCCAACGCCCAGACGCAGGUGGCCCUGACGCCAAUCAUCCCAAUGGCGGCUGCAGAGGACCUGCCCUUCCCUCCACCACCAGCCCUGGAGGAUCUGCCUCCACCACCUCCCAAGGAGUCCUUCUCCAAGUUCCACCAGCAGCGGCAAGCCAGUGAGCUCCGCCGCCUCUACAAGCACAUCCACCCCGAGCUCCGCAAGAAUCUGGCCGAGGCCGUGGCCGAGGACUUGGCGGAGGUCCUGGGUUCUGAGGAGCCCACUGAGGGUGACGUCCAGUGCAUGCGCUGGAUUUUUGAGAACUGGAGGCUGGAUGCCAUUGGGGACCAUGAGAAGCCACCUGCCAAGGAGCCGGUGCCCAGUGGUGAUGUCCAGGCCACUUCCCGCAAGUUUGAGGAAGGUUCCUUUGCCAACAGCAUAGAACAGGAGUCAGCGGGACCUCGGCCAUCCAGAGGGGAUGUCCGUGCAGCCCGCUGGCUGUUUGAGACAAAACCGCUGGAUGAGCUGACAGGCCAGGACGAGGCACCAGAGGCUACAGUGAGGGAGCCUGCAGCCAGUGGAGAUGUCCAGGGUACCAGGAUGCUCUUUGAGACGCGGCCGCUGGAUCGCCUGGGCUCCCGCCCCUCCAUCCAGGAGCAGAGCCCCUUGGAGCUUCGCUCAGAGAUCCAGGAACUGAAGGGCGACGUGAAGAAGACUGUGAAGCUAUUCCAAACAGAGCCUCUGUGUGCCAUCCAGGAUGCAGAGGGCGCUAUCCAUGAGGUCAAGGCCGCAUGCCGGGAGGAGAUCCACAGCAAUGCAGUGAGGACAGCCCGCUGGCUCUUUGAGACCCAACCUCUGGAUGCCAUCAACAGGGACCCCAGCCAGGUGCGGGUGAUCCGGGGGAUCUCCCUGGAAGAGGGGUCCCGGCCUGAUGUCAGUGCAACUCGCUGGAUCUUUGAGACACAGCCCCUGGAUGCCAUCCGGGAGUUCGAGGUGGAUGAGAAGGACUUUCAGCCAUCCCCAGACCUCAUCCCUCCUGGUCCAGAUGUUCAGCAGCAGCGGCAUCUGUUUGAAACCCGAGCACUAGACACUCUAAAGGGGGAAGAGACUGGAGCAGAGGUCCCUACCAAAGAGGAAGUGGUCCCUGGUGAUGUCCGUUCCACCCUGUGGCUAUUUGAGAUGAAGCCCCUGGAUACUCCCAGGGACAAGGUCCAAGUGGGUCACCUUCAGCGGGUGGGCCCCCGGGAGGGGGAAGGGCCCACAAAUGAGCAUCUAUCCAGUGGUGUCCCCUCACUGUCCCUCUCUCAGAGUGCUCCCCAGAGGGAUGGGGUGAAGGGAGACGUGAAGACCUUCAAGAACCUUUUUGAGACUCUCCCCCUGGACAGCAUUGGGCAGGGCGAGCCUUCAGCCCAUGGGAGCAUGAGCAGAGCUGAAGGAGCUGAUUCCGCAAGCCAGUUGCAGGACAUAGGGUCCCCAGUCUAUGCCAUUCAGGAUGGCAAAGGUCACCUCCACGCCCUGACCUCUGUCAGCAGAGAGCAGGUAGUUGGAGGUGACGUGCAGGGCUACAGGUGGAUGUUUGAGACACAGCCCCUCGACCAACUGGGCAGAAGCCCUAGUACCAUUGAUGUGGUGCGGGGCAUCACCCGGCAGGAAGUGGUGGCUGGAGACGUGGGCACUGCCCGCUGGCUCUUUGAGACCCAGCCCCUGGAGGUAAUCCACCAGCGGGAGCAGCAGGAACGACAGGAAGGAGAGGCAAAAAGUCAGGGAGGCCCCCAGCCUGAGGCACCCCCAAAAGGCGACGUGAAGACCAUCCGGUGGUUGUUUGAGACAUGUCCCAUGAGUGAGUUGGCAGAGAAGCAGGAGUCAGAGGUCACAGAUCCCACAGCUAAUACCAAGGCCAGGUCCUGCACCUGGAUGUUCGCACCCCAAACCCUGGACAGGCCAGAAGGCUCUCGGGAGCAGCACCUGCAAGUUAACCAGGUCCUGGCUGGGGAAAGACAGACCGACAGACAUGUGUUUGAGACUGAGCCUCUGCAGGCCACAGGCCGGCCCUGCGAAAGAGGACCCGUGCGGUACUGCAGCCGAGUGGAUAUCCCUUCAGGGCAGGUGUCUCGACAGAAGGAGGUCUUCCAGGCACUGGAGGCAGGCAAGAGGGAAGACCAGGUGUCCAGGGUCCUCCCUGAGCCCAUCCCGACGGGCUCUGUGCACAAGUUCACCUGGCUCUUUGAGAAUUGCCCAAUGGGUUCCCUGGCAGCUGAGAGUGUCCGAGGGGGCAACCUUCAGGAAGAACAGUCUGGGGGUCCCUCAGACAACAAGGUGCCGGAGAGGCAGGAGACUGAAGCCGAGGGGACCCUGCGGAUGCUGAACGCCACGCCUGGCAUCCUGCACCGUGGAGGCAUCCUCAUGGAGGCUCGAGGCGGCGGGGAGCUCUGCCUUGCCAAGUAUGUGCUCCCAGGCCCAGGGCAGGGGAGCCCCCACAUACGGAAGGAAGAGCUGGUGAUUGGUGAGCUUCCCAGAAUAGUCCGUCAAGUGCUGCGCCGGCCAGACGUGGCUGAGGAGGGUCUGCUCGUGCAGGAGGACCCAAAGGGCCAGCUCCAGCUCAAGCCGCUGAGGCUGCCAGCCCCAGGCAGCAGCGGAAAUCUUGAAGACAUGGACCCUGAGUUCCAGCAGUUGCUGGCUUGUAGCCUUGGGGCCUCAGUGGCAAAGACAGGGCUGGUGAUGCAGGAGACAGAGCAGGGUCUGGUUUCACUGACCGCCUACUCCCUGCAGCCCCGGCCAAAUGGCAGGGCCCCUGAGAGAAGCAGCGUGCAGCUACUGGCCAGCUGUAUAGACAAAGGAGACCUGAGCGGCCUACACAGUCUUCGGUGGGAACCACCAGCAGACUUGAGUCCCGUGCCAACCAGCGAGGGGGCCCAGAGGCUGCCCCCACCUGACAGCAUCAUCCAUGUCCCCCUGCUGGACCCCAACAUGGGGAUGGGGCAUCUGAGAGGCCCAGGGGCCACCCCUGGCCCUUCACAGGUGAUGGGAAAGGCAGUCCUUCUGGCUGGGGAGGAAAAGCAGGAAGACAGGGGCACUGGGCAGAAAGGAACUGCAGCUUUGGGAAAAUCGGAAGAAACCAUGACGAUGGCCCUGGGGCACAAGGCCCCAGACCUCCAGGCCGCCAUGCAGAAUCUACGGAUGGCAACAGCCGAGGCCCAAAGCCUGCACCAGCAAGUUCUGAACAAGCACAAGCAGAACCCCACCCCAGCAGCCACCCCCGUGCCUUUUCAAGAUGGUCUUCUGCCAGCAACAGCCAUGACCACUGGGGCUGCCCAGAGCAACACCAAGCCUAUGAAUGGAGGUGCCUCUAGGAUCCCAGCAGGCCCCAGAAAGGUCAGUGGGGAGCAGAAAGUUCUGCCUGAUGGGCUGCCUGGGGGGUGGGUGGAUGGCAUCUAUACUGCUCACCCCGUGAGGACAUCUGACCUCCAAUCUUCUGAGAGGGAACCCCAGUCAAAAGGCAAGGAGACCGCCCUCUUAGUCCAGGCUCCCAGUCUGCUCCAGGAAGGCCCAGGUCAGAGUCUUAGGCCAGGACGGGAGGAGCCUGGGGACUGCACAGAGAAGGCCACAGCAAGAGUCAGCGGAGGGAAGCUCCAAGCUGCAGAGACCACCUUAACAACUGCCGCUAUAGCUCACCAGACUCCGGCCUCUGAGCCUCGGGCCGCAGGUGCCAACCUGCACUCCCAUAAUGCCUCUGUUCCUCCUCCUCCUCCUCUCUCAGCUGCUGUGACAAGACCAGACUUCCCAGCUGAAGCCCGCCAUAACGAGGACUCCAUCCAGCAGGCCUCUGAGCCCCUGCAGAGCCCCCUUCUCCACUCCCACAGCAGCUCUGCAGGCCAGAGAACACCUGGGGAAUCACAGAAAAAGACCCCAAAACUGGAGCCCACCAUGCCACCAAGGAAGAAGCCCCAGGUGCCCCCCAAACCUGCACACCUAAGCCAGCUACCCCCUCCUCAGAGGCUGCCCAAAUCCUCAGGUCCCGGUUCCUCCAAGAGAGUGGAACAAAGAGAAUACAAACAAGGUGAGCCAGAUGCAGCCACUCCUCGGCUGGCCAAGGUCCCUCCCGCUACUGUGGACCAGGGCCGAGUAUCUCUGUCUGGAUGCCCCAGUGGACAGAGCCAGCCCAGCCUCCAACAUGGCCCCAGCAGUCUAACCUCCAAGCCCAAGAGUCAGGCAAUGGUCAGUAAUGCCAAGAACCCUGAGCCCCCUAAGUGCUCAGCUCUCAACAGUGACCCCACCUCACCCCAGCAGCAUCCUAGCCCCCCAGGAGAGAAACCCAAGGAAGAUCCCCAGCAAGGGGCCACUGAGAUUCUACAGGGAAGCCAGCAAGAGCUCCGAGGCCUCCUGAGCCAGGUGCAAGCCCUAGAGAAGGAGGCCGCAAGCAGUAUGGAUAUGGGGGCUCUGAAGAGGCUCUUUGAGGCCAUGCCUCAGCUGGAAGGGUCCCCUCAGGCUCCUGCUGCUCCCUGCAAGCCUGAGGCCUCAGUGGAGCAGGCCUUUGGAGAGCUGACAAGAGUCAGCGCCGAGGUGGCCCGGCUGAAGGAACAGACCCUGGCGAGACUGCUGGACAUUGAGGAGGCUGUGCACAAGGCCCUCAGCUCCAUGUCUAGCCUGCAGCCUGAGGCUAACACCAACAGUCAUUCCCAGGGACCCCCAAAGGACCACAGUGUCACAGACAACAUCACAGCCAAGUCCAACUGCUCAGGACAAGAAGUCAGGGGUCAACCUGCAGUCAAGAACCAAAUGGAGGUUACAAGCCAUGCUGAGGUCCAGAGUCAAGCCAAGGUCAAAAACCACACAGAGGUCAGAGGUCAAGCAGCCUCAACGGCCCCUUCCACCAGGGAGCUGGAGACACUGAGAGACGAUUUGGACCGCCCUCGAGUCUUGCCUUCCAGAAGAGAUUCACCCUCCUCCCCAACUUUCAUCACCAUCGAGUCAGGUACAAAAAAGCCUCCGGAAACUCCCAGACCCAAUGUCUCAGUGAAAAGCACACUCCUGACCCAGGAUGUGGACCAGGCCCCGCUCCAGCAGAAAGAUGCCCCCGACAAGGCUGGAAAGAAGGAGAUAAGCCAGUGUUCCGGACGACCUGAGUCUGCCUCUGCCUCUGCCUCAGCCAGCCCCCUGCCCAGAAAGCGGGAGAAGAGUGUUCUGGAGCUGCAGACCAGGCCAGCUGGCCACCAGUGCUAUGGAGCUACAAGAACCGUGACUGAGCAAUACGAGGGGGUGGAUGAGUUCGGAAACACAGUCAUGUCCUCCUCCACAGUCACAGAGCAGACAGAGCUGCCCAGGGGCCCAGGCCCCCAUCUGGAGCUCCACAUCUCCCCCCUGCUGCGGCAGUUCCUGCAGAGAGACCUGGCACAAGUCGGGAUGGGGCACGUGGCCUGUGACCACUUCUAG